AUGGCAUCUUCUAGUUUUCUUGCCGUCUCUUCCAUUGUCCUUUCAGUUAUGUUCUUCAAUGGGAUGGUGCAUGUAGCUUCCCAAACGGACAUCAUUUCCACCAUCUGCAAGAAAACUAGAAACCCUUCUUUUUGCUUAAAGGUGUUAAAAUCUGCUGGCACCACAGACCUAAAAGAGCUGGCCAACUUCACCCUCAACCUUGGCGAAGACAAGGCUUCUCAAAGCCGUGCCCUCGCCCAGUCCCUGGCGUCCAAGGUAGUCGAUCCUAAGCUUAAGGAGCGCUAUGACGCCUGUGCUAAACACUUCGACGAUGCUGCCGAAGACAUGGUGGAUGGGAAGAACUCCUUGGAUUUUGGUGACUACGGUUUGGUCAACAUUACAGCGGAUGCAGCCAUAUCGGACGUCGACGACUGUCUGGACAGCUUCACGCAGCCACCGAAGGACCCAUCGGCGCUGUCUGACAACGGGAAGGUUGUGGAAGAUAUUUGUAGUAUCAUCUUGGUUAUAGCCGAUCUUCUUCUUCAGCGUACCUAA